AUGGGGCCUGGCGGCAAUCUCGAGGGCAUUCUCAAGUGGAGCCUCGCUCACUCCGAUGGCACUGGCCCCGCUCGGCAGAUCACCGACGAGGAGCGGCAGUGGUUCAACCAAGCCAUGCAGGCGGCGGUGGUGGACAUAGUGCAGCGGAUGAAGGAAAUCAGCAUGGUCAUGGCAGUCACUGAGGAGGGUCUGCUGGCGCAGGGAGUCACGGUGGAGGAGAUGGCGGGCAUGCUGGAGGAGCUGCAGGAGCAUGUGGAGUCGAUUGAUAUGGCCAAUGACCUGAAGGCCAUAGGAGGCUUGGAGCCGCUGCUGCGCUUCCUCAAUUCCCCCCAUGCCAUCCUGCGAGCGCGGGCGGCGGAGGUGGUAACCACCAUGGUGCAAAACAACGAAAAGAGCCAACGGAGCGUCAUGGAGGCGGGCGGCCAUCUGAUCCUCAUGGAUAUGAUUCUGAAUGAUGCUGACGUCACUGCUAGAACCAAAGCCGUGGGGGCUAUCUCAUCCUUGGUGCGCCAUAACCCAGAAGGCCUGGCGUCCCUUCGAGCCGUCGUCGGCAUUAAAGGACUCACCUCAUUAAUCUCCUCCACCACCAACAACACUACCGGCACCGACAGCACCACCAGCAGCGCUCCCACCAAGCUCCUACUUAAAGCCCUGCAUCUCACGCUCUACUUUCUACAGCAGUGCCCCUCCGACCGCCCCCUGGCUCUCUCCUCGGGCCUUCUCGCGUCGCUGCUACAGCCGGGGGUGGUGGGGUCCCAGAAUGGGGAUGUGAGAUUGGCAGUGCUGCGCCUGCUGCAGGACUUGGCUCCUGAAAUGACUGUUGAUACUACCUCUGCUGCCACCGCUGGUGCUGCUGAAGGGGGGAGCAGAUGCAAGGAAGAUCAAGUUUCUGAAUCUGAGGCGGUUAUUGGGGCCCGGAUCGAGGCUGUAUCUGCCCUGCAGAAGCGCCAAGGUUCAGGUGGAAACUCAGGUGGUUCAGGUGGCGAUUCAGGUGGGGUAGCAGAGCCGGAUUCUGGGGAUCUACAGGAGGAGCUGGAUGCCUUGCUGGCGACGAGACGCGCUCUGAUUGGCCGAAAGGUGGCUGUCGCCAGGGGGGAGAGCGGAGGGGGGGGCAGUGGGGGAGGUGCAGGAGGUCCAGGUGGGGCGGAAGCAGGAGCAGCAGGAGCAGCAGGAGCAGAAGGAGCAGAAGGAGCAGCAGGAGCAGAAGGAGCAGCAGGAGCAGAAGGUGCAGCAGGAGCAGAAGGAGCAGAAGGAGCAGCAGGAGCAGAGGGAGCAGCAGGAGCAGAAGGUGCAGCAGGAGCAGCAGGAGCAGCAGGAGCAGCAGGAGGAGCAGCAGCAACAGCAGCGAGUUCUCAACAGCCUUUGAUGUUUCUAGGAGCGCCGUGA